CUCCCCGAACUCUUUAUGACUUUGUGGACUCUGCAGCGCCUCUUACGAGAAUAAAACCUGUUAAAAUCGUUUGAGUUUUCACAAUCUUUAUUUCUACGAUCUCUCCAGGACAAAAGGGAAAUUUCUACUUUUUAAAUUUUCUCCGACAUCACCACACUGUCUCUGGAAGCACAUUUGUGUGGUGGCCCAUAAUGGGGGUGCCUGGGACCUUUUUGUUGCUCUGUAUUUUGCUGAUUUUGAGACAAAGCACUUCAGCUGGUUCACCGGUGAGGCUGGUCAACUCUGACAACCGCUGCUCUGGCAGAGUGGAGGUGUACCACGAUGCCCAGUGGGGGACAGUGUGUGACGACGGCUGGGACCUGAUGGACGCCGACGUGGUGUGUAGACAGCUGGGCUGUGGCGCUGCUCGUUCCGCUUUAACAAAUGCAGCUCAGGGACAAGGAAGCGGGCCCAUCUGGUUGGAUGAUGUCAGUUGUUCUGGAAAUGAAUCAUCAAUAACUGACUGCAGACAUCCAGGAUUUGGGGUCCAUAACUGUCAGCAUGCUGAAGACGCCGGCGUCAUUUGUGAAUUUUUGCCAACUUCACCUGAACCAACCACAGCGCACUUCACCACCACUGAGGCUCCACCGAUAAUCACCAGCACACCAGCUGCAGGAAACAGCACAGCAGUUGAGGGGGAGGUCCGCCUGGCCGAUGGAGGAAACAGCUCCUGCUCUGGCAGAGUGGAGAUCUUCCACAGUGGACAGUGGGGGGCGGUGUGCGACGACCACUGGGACCUGCUGGAUGCUCAGGUGGUGUGCAGGCAGCUGGGCUGUGGCAGGGUCCUGUCAGCGCCACAAGCUGCACACUUUGGACAAGGCACAGGUCCCAUCUGGUUGGACGAUCUCGUCUGCAGAGGCAGCGAAUCAACGCUCAGCGAGUGCAGUCACAGAGGGUUUGGAACUCACGACUGUGGUCACCACGAGGAUGCUGGUGUCGUCUGUGAAGCUGGUUCACCGGUGAGGCUGGUCAACUCUGACAACCGCUGCUCUGGCAGAGUGGAGGUGUACCACGAUGCCCAGUGGGGGACAGUGUGUGACGACGGCUGGGACCUGAUGGACGCCGACGUGGUGUGUAGACAGCUGGGCUGUGGCGCUGCUCGUUCCGCUUUAACAAAUGCAGCUCAGGGACAAGGAAGCGGGCCCAUCUGGUUGGAUGAUGUCAGUUGUUCUGGAAAUGAAUCAUCAAUAACUGACUGCAGACAUCCAGGAUUUGGGGUCCAUAACUGUCAGCAUGCUGAAGACGCCGGCGUCAUUUGUGAAUUUUUUGCAACAACCACGGCGCACUUCACCACCACUGAGGCUCCACCGAUAAUCACCAUCACACCAGCUGCAGCCGGUUCACCGGUGAGGCUGGUCAACUCUGACAACCGCUGCUCUGGCAGAGUGGAGGUGUACCACGAUGCCCAGUGGGGGACAGUGUGUGACGACGGCUGGGACCUGAUGGACGCCGACGUGGUGUGUAGACAGCUGGGCUGUGGUGCUGCUCGUUCUGCUGUAGUAAGUACAGCUUUUGGACAAGGAAGUGGACCCAUCUGGUUGGACCAUGUCAGUUGUUCUGGAAAUGAAUCAUCAAUAAGUGACUGCAGACAUCCAGGAUUUGGGGUCCAUAACUGUCAGCACGGUGAAGACGCCGGCGUCAUCUGCGAUUCGAACUUCACCACCACUGAGGCUCCACCGAUAAUCACCAGCACACCAGCUGCAGGCAACAGCACAGCAGUUGAGGGGGAGGUCCGCCUGGCCGAUGGAGGAAACAGCUCCUGCUCUGGCAGAGUGGAGAUCUUCCACAGUGGACAGUGGGGGGCGGUGUGCGACGACCACUGGGACCUGAUGGAUGCUGAAGUGGUGUGCAGGCAGCUGGGCUGUGGCAGGGUCCUGUCAGCUCCACAAGUUGCACACUUUGGACAAGGCACAGGUCCCAUCUGGUUGGACGAUGUCUUCUGCAGAGGCAGCGAAUCAAAGCUGAGCGACUGCGUUCACAUAGGGUUUGGAACUCACGACUGUCAUCAUGGCGAGGAUGCUGGUGUCGUCUGUGAAGCCGGUUCACCGGUGAGGCUGGUCAACUCUGACAACCGCUGCUCUGGCAGAGUGGAGGUGUACCACGAUGCCCAGUGGGGGACAGUGUGUGACGACGGCUGGGACCUGAUGGACGCCGACGUGGUGUGUAGACAGCUGGGCUGUGGCGCUGCUCGUUCCGCUUUAACAAAUGCAGCUCAGGGACAAGGAAGCGGGCCCAUCUGGUUGGAUGAUGUCAGUUGUUCUGGAAAUGAAUCAUCAAUAACUGACUGCAGACAACCAGGAUUUGGGGUCCAUAACUGUCAGCAUGCUGAAGACGCCGGCGUCAUUUGUGGAUUUUCGCCAACUUCACCUGAACCAACCACAGCGCACUUCACCACCACUGAGGCUCCACCUAUAAUCACCGGCGCAACAUCAGCAAUCAACAGCACAGCAGUGGAGGGGGAGGUUCGCCUGACCGAUGGAGGAGACAGCUCCUGCUCUGGCAGAGUGGAGAUCUUCCACAGUGGACAGUGGGGGGCGGUGUGCGACGACCACUGGGACCUGAUGGAUGCUGAGGUGGUGUGCAGGCAGCUGGGCUGUGGCAGGGUCCUGUCAGCUCCACAAGUUGGACACUUUGGACAAGGCACAGGUCCCAUCUGGUUGGACGAUGUCUUCUGCAGAGGCAGCGAAUCAAAGCUGAGCGACUGCGUUCACAUAGGGUUUGGAACUCACGACUGUCAUCACGGCGAGGAUGCUGGUGUCGUCUGUGAGGUUUUUCCAACUCCACCUGAACCAACCACAGCACACUUCACCACCACUGAGGCUCCACCUAUAAUCACCAGCACACCAGCUGCAGGCAACAGCACAGCAGUUGAGGGGGAGGUCCGCCUGGCCGAUGGAGGAAACAGCUCCUGCUCUGGCAGAGUGGAGAUCUUCCACAGUGGACAGUGGGGGGCGGUGUGCGACGACCACUGGGACCUGCUGGAUGCUCAGGUGGUGUGCAGGCAGCUGGGCUGUGGCAGGGUCCUGUCAGCGCCACAAGCUGCACACUUUGGACAAGGCACAGGUCCCAUCUGGUUAGACGAUCUCGUUUGCAGAGGCAGCGAAUCAAAGCUCAGCGAGUGCAGUCACAGAGGGUUUGGAACUCACGACUGUGGUCACCACGAGGAUGCUGGUGUCGUCUGUGAAGCUGGUUCACCGGUGAGGCUGGUCAACUCUGACAACCGCUGCUCUGGCAGAGUGGAGGUGUACCACGAUGCCCAGUGGGGGACAGUGUGUGACGACGCCUGGGACCUGAUGGACGCCGACGUGGUGUGUAGACAGCUGGGCUGUGGCGCUGCUCGUUCCGCUUUAACAAAUGCAGCUCAGGGACAAGGAAGCGGGCCCAUCUGGUUGGAUGAUGUCAGUUGUUCUGGAAAUGAAUCAUCAAUAACUGACUGCAGACAUCCAGGAUUUCGGGUCCAUAACUGUCAGCAUGCUGAAGACGCCGGCGUCAUUUGUGAAUGAAAUUGUCAAAAAAUGAUUUCAGAUUUUUUACCUUUUUUUUAGUGCUUGCCCAUGAUCAAAAUGUUUUAAUCGCAAUCAUUUGGUGAUUGGUUGUAAUUUAUCGCAUUGUAAUUUGCAAAAUUCAAUAAAGCACGCAAAAGUAGUGUAUUGCAUGCUGUUAUUUGUUACAACUGUUUAUUGUUUAACUUUGUUAACGGCAGUAUAACCUUUACACUGUAGCAGUUAAAAUAUGCCUUUUAAUUCUCAACUUAAAUGAAUGAACUUAAUUAAAUAAUACAAUUUAAAAAUACACAUGAAUACACUUUUUUUAAACCAAAGCUAUCUUCCACAGCCAGGGCAUUACUGUUUAAUCUAGAUUGUUAUAGAAAAACGUUCCCCUUCGCACCCAAUGACAUUGAAAUAGCCAGGUUAACGUUAAUGAAUCUCUUUAUAGCAUAAACAUGUGUUUUUGAUCAGGGAGCGGCAUAAAUGGUGUAUCGGUCAACGUUCUGUCUAAAUAAAUUAAUAACUCAUUUAGCAAUAAUCCUUGUUCAGUAGUGAGUGUCCCUGUUAGAGUGAGGUGGUCAAGCACUAAGGUCAUAUCUGCGUUUAACUGUGCGGGGAAGUCUGUGUAGUGCAUAUUUGUUCCUUUCAAGAAAUGCAGUCAAUCAAUUUAUCUGGAAGGGAUUUUAAAUGAAAUGGCCAUGUGAGUGUUGCUACUUUUUACCACUUUUACCCCCGCUAGUUAGCAGGAUUCUUUGGCCCGCCCCCAAAUGCUCAUUGGUUGAAACACAACCUUUAUUAGGAAACUUGAAUGACAAACUGACUGUAUGCAACUACUUUGCUAUGUGCUGUUUCUCUUUCAGUCUCCACAGAACGGGAAUUAUUCUUUGAUGGAGCAACUCCACUCAUCUCAUUACUUGGAUGUAACCAUGAACAAUGGAGUGGUUUGGAACCAUUCAUAAAGAAGUGUAAAUGAAUGAAUGUAAUAAAUGUGUGCUGUAUGCUUUAUGCAUGCUACUCUUUCUUAUAAAAAUGUUUUGCAUUUG